GGACUGUUUCUCUUAGUUGUGACUGCUGCUGAGCUGAGCCGCGCCGCAUCCGCCCUAACACUACGCCUGCUCUGCUUCCUUGUUCAUCUGAUCCAUCGAAGUAGUUCCUGUACAGUAUCUUCACCACAGACAUACAUCAACCACAAUGUCCGAGACCGCCAUUUCAUACGCUGCCCUCAUUCUUGCGGAUGCCGAGAUCGAGAUCUCCUCCGACAAGCUCCUGUCGCUGACCAAGGCCGCCGGUGUCGAGGUUGAGCCCAUCUGGGCUUCCCUUUUCGCCAAGGCCCUCGAAGGCAAGGACAUCAAGGACCUGCUCACCAACGUCGGUGCCGUCGGAUCCGCUCCUGCUGCUGGUGCUGCCGCUGGCGGUGCCGCCGCCGAGGCUGCUGCCGAGGAGGUUGUUGAGGAGAAGGAGGAGGAGAAGGAGGAGUCUGAUGACGAUAUGGGAUUCGGACUGUUCGACUAAACAACGCGUGUUGAAAAUGAGAAGCUAAAAAUGAUGGCUGUAUAUAUAUAAUAAUUCAGUAUUUUGCGGCGUAUAAAAAG